UUUGAGUUGGUUUUGCUCUGCUAUCUGAGAUCGCUCAACUGGAGGAGAAGGACCGCCAGUCCCAUCUCUGUGUUUGCCUUCAAUGGCUUUCUGGACUUAUUUUAUUUGAAUGUCUGGGCAUUUGCAUCACCAAUAAUGGAUAUUUUAUGGAUAUUAUGGAGCAUACCGACCGUAAUAGCUGUUGAAGAGACACUCAUGGACUCCACCACAGCCACGGCGGAGCUCGGCUGGACAGUUUAUCCUGUGUCGGGGUCAAGUGAUAAUAGCUGGGAGGAGGUGAGCGGUUACGACGAACAUAUGAACACCAUCAGGACGUACCAGGUCUGUAAUGUUUUUGACAGCAAUCAGAACAACUGGGUACGGACAAAAUACAUCAGGCGUCGUGGUGCUCAGCGGAUCCACGUGGAAAUGAAAUUCUCUGUUAGAGACUGCAGUAGCAUCCCUAAUGUCCCGGGCUCCUGUAAAGAAACUUUUAACCUUUAUUACUAUGAAUCAGAUUCAGACACAGCCACCAGAACUUCUCCAGCAUGGAUGGAGAAUCCCUGGAUCAAAGUUGACACCAUUGCAGCAGAUGAGAGUUUCUCCCAGGUUGACCUUGGAGGCAGAGUGAUGAAGAUCAACACUGAAGUGAGAAGUUUUGGCCCUGUGUCAAGAAAUGGUUUUUACUUAGCCUUUCAGGACUACGGAGGCUGCAUGUCGCUCAUUGCAGUCCGGGUCUUCUACAGAAAGUGUCCUCGGAUUAUCACUAACGGGGCACUGUUUCAGGAGACUCUAUCAGGAGCAGAGAGCACCUCGCUGGUGGCAGCAAGGGGUGUUUGCAUCCCGAACGCAGAGGAGGUGGAUGUUCCCAUAAAGCUUUACUGCAACGGAGAUGGAGAGUGGAUGGUACCCAUUGGGCGCUGUAUGUGCAAAGCCGGGAAUGAGGCUGUGGAAAACGGAACUGUUUGUAGAGCCUGUCCAUCAGGUUUUUUCAAGCCAACUCAAGGAGAUGAGUCCUGUAUGCAGUGUCCAAUCAACAGCCGUACCACGAGUGAGGGUGCCAUCAACUGCAUUUGCCGUAAUGGAUACUAUCGUACUGACUCCGAUCCACUCCAGAUGCCAUGCACAACUGUUCCCUCAGCUCCACAGGCUGUGAUCUCAAGUGUGAAUGAAACCUCUGUGAUGCUGGAGUGGAUGCCACCCCGAGAUUCCGGAGGCCGUGAGGACGUAGUCUUCAACAUCAUCUGCAAGAGCUGUGGCGGAGGUCGUGGAGGGUGCACCCGCUGCGGGGACAAUGUUCAAUUUUUACCUCGUCAGCUCGGCCUGACAGAAACCCGGGUGUACAUUAGUGACCUGUUGGCCCACACGCAGUACACGUUUGAGGUGCAAGCUGUCAACGGGGUGUCAGAUCAGAGCCCCUACUCUCCUCAGUAUGCCUCAGUAAACAUUACCACUAACCAGGCUGCUCCAUCUACGGUAUCAAUAAUGCACCAGGUCAGCCGUACCAUGGACAGCAUCACCCUCUCCUGGUCUCAGCCAGAUCAGCCAAACGGAGUCAUCUUGGACUAUGAACUCCAGUAUUACGAAAAGGAUCAAUCCGAAUACAACUCUACCACCAUCAGAAGCCGGACCAACACAGCAGUGAUCCGUGGCCUCAAGUCAGGGAGCAUCUAUGUUUUCCAGGUCCGGGCUCGCACUGUAGCUGGCUUCGGACGCUACAGUGGCAAGCUGUACUUCCAGACCCUGACGGAGGAAGAGUACAGCACAAACAUGCAAGAGAAGCUUCCACUCAUCAUUGGUUCAGCAGCUGCAGGAAUGGUUUUCCUCAUUGCUUUGGUUGUCAUCAUCAUCGUUUGUAACCGGAGGCGUGGCUUUGACAGGGGUGAUUCAGAAUACACAGACAAACUACAGCACUACACCAGCGGCCACAUGUCUCCAGGAAUGAAGAUUUACAUUGAUCCAUUCACAUAUGAAGACCCAAACGAGGCAGUGAGGGAGUUUGCCAAGGAGAUUGAUAUUUCCUGUGUGAAGAUUGAACAGGUCAUUGGUGCAGGAGAGUUUGGGGAAGUGUGCAGUGGCAACCUGAAGCUCACGGGGAAAAGGGAGAUGUUUGUGGCCAUAAAGACCCUGAAGUCUGGCUACACCGAAAAGCAAAGACGAGACUUUCUGAGCGAGGCCAGCAUUAUGGGUCAGUUUGACCAUCCUAACGUCAUUCAUCUGGAAGGAGUGGUUACCAAGAGCAGUCCUGUAAUGAUCAUCACUGAAUUCAUGGAGAAUGGAUCCCUUGAUACCUUCCUAAGAGUAAGAAAACAGAAUUUUUCCCCCUAUAGCAGUUUUUAUGCUAUUACUCGACUACCGUUUUACAGCUCUGCAGAGUAA